AUGCAGAGGCUCCCCAAUCUCGCCCCAGCUCCCCAUAAGCCCGAACCCCCAGCACCACCACAGCCUCAACAACCUCAGACCGCACGCCCGCGGACAGCCCGGGCCUCAUCGUCCCGCAAGUACGCGACGAACCAUGCGUGUGUGCCGUGCCGCAAGACAAAGACCAAGUGCGAUGGGAGACAACCCUGCGCGAGGUGUCAGUUCAGCAGCAAUGUCUGCACGUACGAUACCAAGGUGUUGUCAGGGGAGACGCUGAACAGACUGACCAAUGCCGUGAAUGAGCAGAAGGGGAGGCUGCAUCAGCUUGAGACCAUACUCGCGGCUAUGAGGAAUGGCACGGAUCCUGAAGCUGCUGAGGUUAUGUCCUGGAUAAGAAUAGGUGAAUCCGUUGAGUCUAUUGUUUCGUACAUUGAGUCGAGGUCUAGGGCUGUAGUUGUGACUCAGAGACUCGUCGGUGUAAACCACCAAGCCAAAAGCAAAUUCAUCGAAACACUCUUCGACAGAGCAGAAUGGCUCGACGGUACAACCUUUGAAGCCGAAGACAUCAACAUCGACCUAGGUUCCCGCACAAAGAGCUACUUCUCCUCCUACCACUUCGGCAACCUCCCCUUCUCCAGCGGUAUAAAAGCAAACCACUAUCCCGCCGCCGCCCAGCAGAGCCAAUUACAGAACUACUACGCCACGCACAACUGGGCCAUGAUGACAGCCAACGACGGACAUGGCGUUGAUUCUGUGACAAAGGCUUGGGCGGACACGCUCAAGAAGGCGAGACAGCUGGUUACAGAGGGUGCGAAGCCUGAUGACCUGACGGGGACGUUUCCGUGUGUGGCGGCACUGUUUGAUAAGGAUGAGUAUGAGAAUGCGCCGAUGAUAAGUAAAUGGGCUGUUCUGUUCAUUUAUAGUGCGAGGAGGCAGGAUUACGCUUUUACAUCUAUGGCGGCGGUGUGGGUUGUUUGGGUUGUGAUGAGAUGGCAGAUAAAUCCGACUCCACAGACAUAUGCUGACCUCCCUGACUGGAUCCGGCCAACAGAACUCCAAGUCUUCGUCCCCCACAUCGACAUGCUGGACUGUAUAUCAUGGCCGUACUUCCGAGACUACGUAAUCCAACAUCCUGAAAUGCAACACGGCGAAUUACAAUGGCUCGCGGCGUGUACCUCCGGAGUACAAGUAAAAUGGGACGGCACAAUAGAGGAUGCGCUUUGUAUUGACGGUCCGACGGGACGGAAACGGUUCACAGCGGAAGCUGAGGCAACGAUUAGGGAUCUGCAGAAAUGGUCACUUGCUGCAUCGUAUCGCGCUUUCAUGCCUGGCAUUGAUGGUCAGAUACCUAUCAGAACGGCAGAGGACGCUGGCGUUCAACAGGUGUAA